CUUUCCGAUAUGCAGUAUCCGCCCAGUUUGUUUUUUUGAGGGCCAUACAUCAGCCUUGCAGUGAUCAGGCCGAGCAAGGAUCAACAAAGUUUAAUUGAUAACAGAACCUGCGAAUUACUGCAUUGUAAUAUACAACAAACCGGGACUAUACUGUGAUUUAGAAGGGCAGCUGUGUUCUAAGGAUGUGGAUGUAUUUACUGAAAGACUUUCUGUAACAACUUAAACAGGCUUGUUUGUGACAAUUUUUGGACGUGGAUUCCAUAAGCAAAAGGUGAAAAUGACAGAAUAUAAGCUUGUGGUGGUUGGAGCUGGAGGCGUUGGGAAGAGUGCCCUGACAAUACAGCUUAUUCAGAAUCAUUUUGUGGAUGAAUAUGACCCUACAAUAGAGGACUCGUACAGAAAACAAGUAGUAAUCGAUGGGGAGACGUGUUUGUUGGACAUUCUCGACACCGCAGGUCAAGAGGAGUACAGUGCAAUGAGAGACCAGUAUAUGAGAACAGGGGAGGGCUUUCUCUGUGUCUUUGCCAUUAAUAAUACUAAAUCAUUUGAAGAUAUACACCACUAUAGGGAGCAGAUAAAACGAGUGAAAGACUCUGAAGAUGUCCCUAUGGUCUUGGUAGGAAACAAAUGUGAUCUUCCAUCCCGAACGGUGGAUACGAAGCAAGCUCAGGACUUAGCUAGAAGUUAUGGAAUUCCUUUCAUAGAGACAUCAGCAAAGACAAGACAGAGAGUGGAGGAUGCCUUUUAUACUCUGGUACGGGAGAUCCGACAGUACCGGUUGAAAAAGCUCAGCAAAGAAGAAAAGACCCCUCGCUGUGUGAAGCUUAAAAAAUGUGUUGUAAUGGGUGUGGAUGAUGCCUUUUACACAUUAGUCCGAGAAAUUCGAAAGCACAAAGAGAAGAUGAGCAAAGAUGGCAAAAAGAAGAAAAAGAAGUCAAAGACAAAGUGUAUAAUCAUGUGAAUAGAUGUUUCCCUUUUAAACAAGAAAAAUAAACCACCUUUACAUGUACUGAACUAGAAGUAAUACUUUUGUUUUUGUACAUUACACUAAAUUAUUAGACUUGGUUUUAUUAGCACAUCUACUUAAUCUGGUUUAAUGAAUUCUUUGCUAUUGAUGGUUUGCUUGUGUUUUUCCCCCCUUUUUUUUUUUUUUUUUUUUUUUAGAAAACAAAAUAAGCUUUACUUUCCACUGUUUCUAAGUGCCAGUAUUCCUUAAGUGUUGGCUCUUCAGUUAGCUGAUCAGUCUCUGUUGGGGCAUUUGGUGCAUGUACUUUUGUGAAACCUUUUCAUUUUCCUUAAAUGUAUAUUUUAUUGGUGUAUCAAUAGCAGUAAUCCCUUUCUGUUUUACUUUAUUUUAAAUGAGCUUUCUGUAUUUUUUUUUAUACUGUGUCGCUUGCUGAAGUUGCCACAAGGGUCUGUUUUGAUCAAGUCUUACUUUACAGGACAUAAAAUUGUUAUUGAUUUUGGUAUACAGAAAGAAAACUGCUUUUUAAAAAAAAAAAAAAAAAAAAAAAAAAAAAAAACUUUAAGCUCAAAUACUGAUAAACUACACAUUAUAGUUCAUCAAAUGUAUAGUACUAUAGGAGGAUAUUCUAACAUGUGUAUGGAUGGGACAGAAGGUAAUGCAAGUAAAAUCAGAUGUAAUUGUAGGCCAUUUUAGUGGCAAGGUUUAAUAAAAGGCUGCACCAUACUAUUCGGGGUAUACUACACUGAAUCUGAAAUAGAUGUGUUGUGUGCAAACACUUUGGAUGGCAAUGGUUUCAAGAUUUAUAUCUAUUUGGGGCUAUAGCACUACAGAAUUAUCUUCACAAAUGUUGUACACUUUAGCACUCUGAUAAUAACAUUUGUGAACAUAAUUAUGAAGUGGUAUAGCCCCAAAUAAAGAUAUCUUGAAGGUUAAGUAGCCAGCAGAUUUAAAAAAUAAUAAUAAUCUUGAAAACCUUGCCAUUUUUCAUGGUUACACCGAUAUUGUGGAAAAGACUGCUGCUUCCAUCCUUCUGCAUGGCAUUAUCUCCUAUAGUUUUCCAGAUUUGGCACAAAUAACCUUUUUUUUCUUUCUUUGUUCUAAGCCCUGUGAAUAAUAUGUAAUGGUUUCCUAACUGUUUGCCAAAUUAAAAUGAUGCAUCCAUUUUAUCAUUAUAGCUACUAUCAAUUGAUACAGAUUGGGCUUUUCUGUAGGUGGUCCAAACACCUUUCAUUUGAACCUUUUGCUUGUCUCUUUGCAUGAAGGUUACCAACCCCUUUGGGGGAACUUUGGUUUACUGUGUUGCACCAUUUGGUGUUUAAAAGGCACUGGUGAAAAUACUGAACACAACUCAAAUUAGACUGGAAUAUACAGAUUAAGUAUAGUUACUUUUACAGUGGGGUGGAAACACUUUUUUACUGUACGAAGCCAAAAAGCCUUGUGCACACUCAAAUUCACAAACACAUUUAAUGGAUAUUACAUGGAUGUAAAAUGACCAGAAACCAUGCUUUUAUAAACCAUACAAAAUAAGGGUCUGCAGCUGUAAUGGUAUCAUUAAAUAUGAACUGUCAGAAUUCACAAUAUCUUCGAUUUUUUUCUAAUGGCUAACAUGAGUUCUGAAACUUACUCUUUUUAGAUUGUCGACUUCUUCCUAGAUUUAUUUCUUAAAUGUAACGUGUUUACCUGGAAUGUUUUAACAACCUUUGUAUAGUUGUAAUACUGAAAGGUGCAUAUUUUGUACAUUGUGCUUUUUUUUUGGUUUGUUAUAGAAAUGAGGUUUAAUCUGGUUUCAAUCAUUUUCUUUGUGCUGACCUGGAAUGUUGGUCAUAACAGAUUAAAUGAAAUGAAUGACCACUGUUUAAUAAGUACUUUGUAAUGUUUUUAUAGGCGUAUGUGCUGUGUGGUGAUCUCAAAUUAGUCACUAUUUUUGUCGUGAAUUUCACCACUCCUAUUAAUGUAUAAUAAAAAAAAUAAAUUAAAAAAAAAAAAAAAAAACAGGAAUG